GUGACGUCAUUUGUGAAAAAGUAGCCGAAGAGUUUAGACGUAUUUUUGGGACGCUCCGUGAAAGAAGUGAAAAAGGUGAAAUAAAAUUUGUGAAUUUAGUGAAAACUCCAAUUUCAGAGGUUUCCCAAAGUGUGUGAAAAAGCGGCGCCAACAAGAUGGCGGACGAAGAACUUUUUUCUCUGUGUUGGAAUAACUUCAACACAAACUUAUCUGCGGGCUUUCAUGAAUCUCUCGUGAAUGGCGAUCUCGUGGACGUGACGCUAGCGGCUGAGGGCCAACUCGUCAAGGCGCAUCGCCUUGUGCUUUCCGUCUGCUCUCCCUACUUUCGUAAAAUGUUCACCAACAUGCCCGCCAAUCAGCACGCAUUUGUAUUCCUGAAAGAUGUGACCCACUCUGCACUCAAGGAACUAAUUCAGUUCAUGUAUUGCGGUGAAGUCAAUGUAAAGCAGGAGGCUCUGCCAGCAUUUAUCAGUACGGCAGAAGCUCUUCAAAUCAAGGGACUCACCGAUUCGGGUGAAUCUGCCCCACCGCCACCUAGCUCACCCACCAAAGUAGCAACACCAUCACACUCAACAGCAUCAUCGCCUCCACGGGUCCGCACGCAACAGCGUACAGUGCAGCGAACAACGUACAAAUUAGAGUCUGAAGAUAGUGCAGAUGAGAGAACAUUGAUUCAGGUGCAGCACACGCAGAAACGUACUGCACCACGCCAAACAGUUGCCCUACAGUCCGUACCUUCUGCGAAGAGAACGAAAAUGGAGACUCAUACGAUAGAAACUGUUGAGCAACCGACCGAAACACAGACCACGGCACGUAUAUCGGAAAAAUCUGAAGCGGAAUUCAUUGAUUUGCCCAUCACGGAGACACUAUCGGCAAAGGCGGAACCCGUGGAGGAGUACGCUGAGGACACGGCAGAGGACAUUGAACAGGAAGGCGAGGCUACGUACGUCGAAGAGGACACCUACGGCGAUAUGAAGUAUGAUGAAUCGUACUUUACGGAAAAUGAUGACACCGGCACAAAACCCAACGUUUCUGGAUUUAGCGACACAUACACCGGCGAAUCGGAUCCCACUGUGGCUGAAGCUCAAGGCCUUUACUCAUCAAGUAGAUCUUAUCAUGGAAAUCCCCUUAUUGGCAAUGGCUAUCGUUAUGUGAUUAGUUCUCGAAGUACCAACAAAGUUUACUACAAGUGCGCAUCUUUCCGCAAAGGUUGCAGAGCUCGGGGAAUUUAUGAUGUUGCAGCUGAUAAAUAUUCAUUUAUUAAAUUUCACAAUCAUCCUCGAUUAUAAGAAAAAACUAAAAUAGCGUUAAGACAAAUGUCAGAAGAGAUAUAGAAUUCAUGUAAAUACUCGUACAGUCUUUUCUUUACUAAACCUACUAAACUGCCACAUAUUGGUGGUUUAAUAAUUUUUUUUAAGUUAUAUAUUUUUCUAAUUUUUAAUUUUCUUUUUCCUCUUUUAGGCGGUCUGAAAAUAGAGUACGUUCCAUCGAAGCACAAAGGACGUCUCUUGCUCGUUUGCAAUGGUGUACGAUUCUUUAGGAAUCGCAAGAGAGGCACCAAGCAAUAUUGGAAAUGUUCAAACUAUUACUACACCAAGUGUCCAGCUAUAAUAAUUGUCAAUGAAUUAGCUGAAAAUGGGAGAAUGCUCCAUGAGCACAAUCAUGUUGUGAAGAAUUUUUAUUAAAGAAAAAGAUUUAAAACAAAAUAUAAAUCCAUUUGAAAUCCCGUUUUAAUCAUUUUAUUCCCGGAGUAGAAUAAUAUUCUUUUUCCUUUUUAUAUUUUUUUCUAACAAUUUUUUAUUAUUUUUCUUUUCUCAGGUGAUGAUCUCAAUGUGAUUUUCACAAAAUCCUCCCGUGGUAGACCUGCAAUUAUUGUGAAUGGCAUAAGGUAUUUGGUGAUGACGGACUCAACGGAAAAGACACUUUGGCGAUGUAGUUAUAUGGCAUCGAAGAAAUUGAAAUGUCCUGCUCGGGUAUUGAUGCUGAAGACAGAACCUGCAACUUUCGUUUACAUUCGUAGACUCCACAAACAUGCACCGCUCAAGCGGGAACGUCUGGAAGAAUUUGAAUUUUCAUCUUCAACCACGCAGUUUUAGACCUCCCUCCCUAACAUGAUCAUGUUGUCGCAUAUUUUUUUCCCUUUUAUCUCUUCCUGCGUAUUCAAUAAAAAGAAAUGAUCAGACUUGAGAAAAUCUUCAUCAGUUUUUUCAUUAAACUUUAUUAUGUAGCUUUGUAACUUCCCUGACUAAUUGAAUUUGAUGUUUUUUCUUUUCAGAAGUUGACGGAGAAUCAGAUAUCAUGUUUAUUCGGAGUCAAAAGGGGAAGAUUCACUUGGAAUACAAUGGGAAUUGCUAUUUGCCGGAAAAAGUAACCAAAGGGAAUAAGACUUACUGGAGAUGUGUUGAGUACACGACAAAAUUCAAGUGUCGCAGUCGACUCCACACAAUAAUUGACAACAAUACACGGCACAUCACAAAGUGCUCACCUCACAAUCAUGGGAAGAUCCUCAAAUCAUCUAAAAUUAAGAAGCACUAGAUGACCAAAUUGGGCUACAAUUAAGAAAAAUUCAAAUUCACAAAAUAAAUGAAUGUUCUCUUGUAAUAGCAUUAUUCAUGUAAAAACAAAUCCCCCGUGUUUUGAAAUGUAAAUCUACCUUCUAUAGCAGAAUUUUUUUUAAAUAUUUCUUACUAAUAUUUUGUUCUUUUUCUUCUUUUCAGAUUUCAAAUCAACAUUUUUGUACUAUGUCAAAACACAGAGAGGUCGUGAUAUGCUUGUUCACGAUGGCUACAGAUAUGUGUCGAAUCGCGAGAGCUCAAAACAUAUUUUUUGGCGAUGUUCGCGGUAUGUUAAAUACCAUUGCCGAGCAACUGUGGUCACAUCGAAGAAUAACAAUGCACCAUCAAUUAGAAUAUCUGGCCCUGAGCAUACGCAUGAACCUGAAAUGCAAAAGGAUAUGCAGUAUUUGAAUUUAAAGGAGGAACAUGAGAAGAAGUUGAUGACAUAGAUGAUCUGUGUGGUAAAUUGCAGUUGCGAUAAAACCAAAAGGAUGUGGCUUAACACAAUAAUGCUAAAAAAAGUUUCAAAACUUGAAAAUUAAUGUAAAAAAUAAAUACUUUAGAUUAGUUAAAUUAGCGAUAAAGUUUAUACCUUUUUUUAAUUUUACUAAAGUCCCUCUUAGUUUUAAUAAUUUUUAAGAUAUUUAUUAUCUUGUAAUCUCAUGUAAAACCAUUUUUUUCUUCAAUUUUAUCAGUACAAUUUAUUUUUACUGCAACAAUAGCGUCAGAGGAUAAACUUUAAUUGCUAAGAAAAAAAAGGUGUUUCAUUAAACAUUUAACUUUUUCUUGUAUAAUGUGCUAUAUGAAAGUUAGUCUAAGCAUAAUAGGUGUUUCCCAAAAUGGGAGAAAAAAAUAAAAAAUCAAAAAGACA